GUGUCUUCAUAUAAAAAUAAUAAUAAUUAGAAUAAUAACAGUUCAGUAGACCCAAGUACUUGCAUCUACAUUCAAAUGUCAUUUAUUUCUGUAGCCGACUUUGAGAAACAGGCAAUUGUGAAGCUUGAGCUCAAUGCUCUCGACUAUUACAAAAGUGGAGCUGGCGAGGAAUUGACGCUUGGCUAUAAUCGCGAGGCCUUUAAGCGGUUGCGCCUACGUCCACGCUGCCUGCGUAACAUUGCAGAGCUGAAUACGAGUUGCUCCAUUUGGGGACAACACUUGAAAUGGCCUCUAGGCAUUGCGCCGGUUGCCAUGCAAAAGAUGGCGCAUCUGGACGGCGAGAAAGGCAGUGCACGAGCUGCCGGCAAGGCUGGCUGCGUAUUCAUUCUGAGCACUCUCUCAACCACUUCGCUGGAGGAUCUGGCUGCCGCGGCACCGGAUACCUGCAAAUGGUUUCAGCUAUACAUCUACAAAGAUCGGGCACUCACCGAGAGCCUGGUGCGUCGUGCGGAGCAGGCUGACUUCAAGGCGCUUGUCGUGACUGUGGAUGCUCCGGUCUUUGCCCAACGUCGGGCUGAUGUGCGCAAUAAGUUCAGUUUGCCAGCGCACCUGAGUCUGGCCAACUUCCAGGGUGCGCAGUGCAACGUGGUGUCAGCUGCGGGUGACUCAGGCCUGAGCGAGUAUGUGGCCAGUCAGUUUGACUCCACCGUCACCUGGCAGGACAUCAAGUGGCUGAAGCAGCUCACGCAACUGCCGAUUGUCGUCAAGGGCAUACUUACCGCCGAGGAUGCCGAGCUGGCGCGUGAGUUCGGUUGUGCCGGUGUCAUUGUCUCCAAUCAUGGCGGACGCCAACUGGACUCGACGCCAGCUACCAUUGAGGCACUGCCCGAGAUUGUCAGAGCCGUGGGCCCUGAUCUGGUUGUCAUGCUGGAUGGCGGCAUUACGGAGGGCAAUGAUAUAUUCAAAGCUCUGGCCCUGGGCGCCCAAAUGGUGUUCAUAGGUCGUCCUGUCAUCUGGGCCCUAGCCUGCGACGGCCAACGUGGCGUCGAGCAUCUAUUGAAAUUGCUCAGGAAUGACUUUGACAUCACAAUGGCCUUGACUGGCUGCCGCAGUCUCGCGCAUAUACAAACCUCAAUGGUGGUGCCCGAAUCCACUUACUGGACAUUUAAAUAA